AUGGUGGACCAGCAGCAGCCGCAACCCCAGCAGGAGGAGAUGAACGCUGUUCAUGCCAGUGGCCACGAACUGCCUCCAGGGUUUCGCUUCUACCCGAGCGAUAAUGAGAUUGUCAACCACUACUUGAUGAACAAGGUGCGCAACACAGACUUCACCUGCACCGCCAUUGGAGAGGUCGAUGUAAACAAGAUUGAGCCAUGGGACCUCCCGAAGGAAGCAAAAUGGGGUGAGAAAGACUGGUACUUCUUCUUCCAGAAGGACCGCAAGUACCCGAUGGGGCCGAGGGUGAACCGGGCCACAAAGGCCGGUUAUUGGAAAGCAACUGGCAAGGACAAGGAGGUCUACAACACCACAGAAGGGGUGGUGCUGCUGGUCGGCAUGAAGAAGACGCUCGUCUUCUACAAGGGCAGGGCUCCCAGGGGCGAUAAAACCAACUGGGUGAUGCAUGAGUACAGGCUCGAAGGCAGCGACAAGUUCUCCGGCCCUGCAUCCGCAUCCAGCUCAGCCACUAACGCCGCGGCGGCCAUGAAAGCUUCAACUUCAGCUUCCAAGGAUGAGUGGGUGGUAUGUCGUUUGUUCCACAAGACCACUGGGAUCAAGAAGACGACUGCACCAGCAUACCAGGUGCCCAUGGCCGGCGCUAAGAAUGAUCAGAAUCAGAACAACAUCCCGGCCAUCCUUAUCUCCAUGCCCUUGCAGCUGCCGGUGCCCAUGCCCGUGCCCGUGCCCGUGCCGAUGCAAUUUCCCAUCCUGCCAGACUUCGCCGUGGACCUAGUGCCCCCCUACUACCCCGACAUUGGGGCUGGGAUGCUGCCGAUGAUGCCGCCUAUGGUAGGUAUCGGUGGUGCCGGUGGGCUCCAGAUCAACGGCGCCCUGUUCGGCCGUCCGAUAGUCAUGCCGCCGCAGAUAAACUUGUACCACCAGAUGGGCAUGGUGGCUGCAGCUGGCCAGAUGGGCAUGGGGGCAGCAGCUGGCCAAAUGGACAUGGGGGCAGCGGCAGGCCAGAUGGGCAUGGGAGCAACAGUUGCCCAAAUGGACAUGGGAGUAGCUGGCGCUGGCGGCUUCGAUGGUGCUGCAACAGAGAGUAGUCCGUCCUCGAUGGUGUCGCAGAAGGACGAGCAGGCUAAUGCCACUGAGAUCUCGUCGAUGAUGUCCGUGAAUGGCCCAGGUUCCGCAACCACCACCAUAGAGAUGGAUGGCAUAUGGAAGUACAAGUACUGA